UCCAGACCUCUGCAUUUCUGGUUUCAGAUGUAAACUUCGACAAUCGAGGUGAAGUCACAGCUCCGUGUGUUCAAAUCCCAGGGACAGCGCAGGAAAAUCUCAGUCUCCAGACAGUCGGGCUGGCUUUCGGGCUAUUCUCAGCGAGCACUCUGCAUGUUCAAAGAUGAAGAACUGGCUUUUUGGCCUGCCCCUUCUAGCGAGCUGCAUAACAGUAGCAGGCACAGAGGCGCCCCCUGUAUUGGGGAUGAUCGGUGAGCGGGUCACCUUGCCAUGCAGGUACGAAGAGGGCAGGAGAUGGCAAGUGUCUGACCUCCGCAUCCUCUGGCAGACAGCGACGGAUCUGGUGGUCCACGCACAGUACGGGGUGAUCGAGGAGAACAAUGCCCAGGAUAGCAGGUACAGGAACCGGACCAGCCUGCUGGUGGAACAGAUCAGUAAGGGAGACCUCUCGUUGCAGCUUGAUGCAGUGAAUGCCGCCGAUGGAGGGAGUUACCAAUGUAUCGUCUUAAAGAAAGGAUUAACAAGAUUUCGCAAGGUCAAGGCAAGUCACGUCAGCCUCAUCACAGCAGCCAAUUACAGUUUGCCGGUGAUAUCUGGGCCAGCGCAGGGUGAGAUUGGCCUGGGAGAGGAGGUGAACCUCACCUGCAGUUCCUUCGGAGGCUACCCAGCGCCGGCCGUGUCUUGGGUUGACUGUGAUGGCCGGACCCUGCCAGAGGAUGCCCAUGUGGACACGUUCUCCUCCGAACCAGGCAGUGGGCUCUACAACGUCACCAGCGUCCUCCAGAUCACGGCAACGAGGAAUACCAGUCUCUCUUGUGCCAUCUUUAACAAGAGCACCCAAGAAAGGAAGACGUCGUUCCCUUGGAAAUUUUUGCUGAAACCCAUUCUGCAUCACAAUACCCCCACGAAAUUCAUCGGCGCCAUAAUAAUUGCAGUGCUAAUUAUCUUUGCUGUCGGAAUUGCGAUCUAUCUGUGGAGAAGGUCUCGCAAUAAUUACAGAGUUGCCAGAGUCACGGAUGCCUUCGUCAAUCAUGAUUCCGCAGUGAACUGGCCCAAUCGGACCCGAAAUUCCGACGUGUCCCUCGAUCACAAAUUCCCAGAGGCCAUGCCCAAUGAGAAAGAGAAGAUCAAUAUACAACAGGAUUCUGUGUGAUGCUAACAUUUGUGGCACUCAAGGGAUGAGCGGAGGAGGCGUUGGAGAGUUUGGGACUUAGGGGCUGGAUAGGAACGUGGACAUGGGCUGCGUUGGCCCGUACUCACCAGAUAUUUGCACCUCUACUGCAGCCCCUGUGCCUUCCACCUUCCCACGAUGCCCCCCUCCCCCACAUUAGCCGAGCAGCUGAGAGCACAGGAGGAUCCUGUGGCCCCAUCCCUGGAGGGAGCUGAACCUGAGCUGGCUGUGCGUGUAAAGUGGUGGGUAGAGGGGCAGGAAACUGCAUUGGGGAGGAUUGGAGGCACACUGCAAGUGAGCCUGUAGAGGGGUAAUUCCAGGCAGGGAGGGAACUGUUCUUGCAAUACACUGAACACUCACUCAGCCUGACUGCAAUGCCGCUGCAGUCGAACAGCACGUCUGCUCUUGCACACUAGUUCCUUGAGAAUGGAAUGGACAGGGGAGCUGGGUGGGGCUGAUGAAAGAGGAUUGGAAACAAGGUGACAAUGCAGAUAUUCUCAGUUCCCCGUGUCCAGUUCUGGAGCCCCCAACACCAUGACAAUCCCACCAUCCUCAACACACUUUUGGAAGGAGGUCGAGCCUUUGGAGGGAGGGGGAGAGAGAGAGAGGGGGGGGGUACAGACAGGAAGGAGAUUUCCUGGGGGUGCGUUGGUCACAGUUCAUGCUGAGAAAGACCAGGGAGAAACUGGCAUCACUUCCUUGGAGGAGGAUAGGUUCAGGGGAAGGGCUGGGAGAUACAAGAAAGGGGGGAAAUAAGCAGGAACUGUGGGCAGCUGGAAGGCAAUUAAAAGUUAGCUCUUUAAAAGAGCAGGUACAGGCAAAUGGGACAAAGGGCCUGCAUAUGUGCUGUAAAAUUCUGUGAAUGAUGUAAGAUUGCUACAAGACGUAGCUUUAUUGUGCUCUAUUAUCAAGAAUGUAUAUAGUGUAUUGUCAUUAAUAAAUGAUUAUUUUUA